CUCGGUAUGUUUCGUCCCAAGUACCUUCAAAUCGGACGUAGAUAUUGAGACUUGAUUAUCUCACGCUAUCAAUUUGAAUUUGCCUUUACAUACUUUUGUUUUUGUUUUUCACUUUUCCCUUUUCCUUCUUUGUUAAAAAUUUUGAAUUGGAUCUGUGUUGGUUUCAUCUACUACUAAUAUCAAUCUGAAAUAGGAUCGUUGCUGUAAGUUGAAAGGUUUAAUCAAAAGCUUAUAUAGCGGAAAUACAACCCAGAUUUGUUUUAAAUUUUCUUUCAUUCCAUAACUCUUUCUGUUUGAUUCUAUUGUAGCUAGUUUUUUGAAGAUGGCUUUUGUUCCUAUCGUUCGCAAAGGCAAUGGAGAGGAAAGUUCUCCCAUGCAUCAUCACGACCAUCAUGGCCAUCAUGACCAUCAUGGCGGACACGACCACCAUCAUCACCACCAUGAGCAUCCUCAUCCUCAUCCUCCUCACACUCUUUCCAACUUGUCAGACCGCGAACGCAUGAUCCUUGAACAUGGACAUGCUCAUGAUGCAAUGGAUUCUCCCGGAAGCUAUUUAAAGCGUGAGCUUCCGACGUACAGCAAUCGAGAUUUUGCACGACGUAGCUUUACCAUUGGAGUUGGUGGUCCAGUAGGUUCUGGUAAGACGGCGCUUCUUUUGCAGCUUUGUCGUCACUUGGCCUCCAAAUAUAGUAUUGGUGUUGUUACAAAUGACAUUUUCACUCGAGAAGAUCAAGAAUUUUUAAUUCGUAACCAAGCUCUCCCCCAAGAACGGAUCCGGGCCAUUGAAACUGGUGGUUGUCCCCACGCGGCAAUUCGUGAAGACGUUUCCGCAAACUUGGUGGCCUUGGAAGAACUUCACGCUGAAUUCCAAACCGACCUCUUGUUCGUCGAAUCUGGCGGCGAUAACCUUGCAGCAAACUACUCUCGAGAAUUGGCAGACUUCAUCAUCUAUGUCAUUGAUGUCUCUGGUGGUGAUAAAAUCCCUCGUAAGGGCGGUCCCGGUAUUACAGAAUCGGACUUGUUGGUUAUCAACAAGACAGACUUGGCUGCUUUGGUGGGUGCAGACCUUAAAGUAAUGGACCGUGAUGCCAAAAAGGUUCGCGAAGACGGUCCUACCGUGUUUGCCCAGGUCAAAAACAAUAAAGGAAUGGACGAAAUUGUUGAAUUGAUUUUAGGUGCCGCUAAGGGCGCUGGGUCUUUAUAAUGUAUUUGCCUUGAUUAUGUUGUAUUACACCCCAUCUCAGUUAUGAAUGAU